CCUGACCCGGAAGAUAAGGCAGCUUGCCACCGUGGUGGUUCCUCUUUCGGCCGUGCUUGAAAGCUGAACUGCCGCCAUGGGCCGCGUCAUCCGGGGACAGAGGAAAGGCGCUGGUUCUGUGUUCCGCGCGCAUGUGAAGCAUCGUAAGGGCGCCGCGCGACUGCGCGCCGUGGACUUCGCCGAGCGGCACGGCUACAUCAAGGGCAUAGUGAAGGGUGGCCGCAUAGACAAGCCCAUCCUGAAGGCUGGUCGUGCCUAUCACAAGUAUAAGGCCAAGAGGAACUGCUGGCCUCGCGUGCGGGGUGUGGCCAUGAACCCCGUGGAGCAUCCCUUUGGAGGUGGUAACCACCAGCACAUUGGCAAGCCCUCAACUAUCCGCAGGGAUGCCCCUGCUGGUCGCAAAGUGGGUCUCAUUGCUGCUCGCCGGACUGGGCGGCUCCGGGGAACCAAGACUGUGCAGGAGAAGGAGAACUAGGGCUGAGGACUCAAUAAAUUCUUUUCUCCUGUCA